AUGGGCGCUACCACAUCCGUGAACCAACCUAUUGGGAAGGAGAGAGAGAAAGGCCAAGUCAGCCAACUUCCUUUUACGCGUGUGGGGCAGGCAAAAGUGGUUGACUCAUGCCACAGUCAGGCAUCUUGGCUCUGGAGAAGGCUGCGUGGCAAGAGGCGGCCAGUGAUGGCAUUCUGCCUCUUGAUGACCCUGUCUGCAGUGGCUGUCAUCCACCUCCCCCCACAGCAUCCAGCAGCCAGCCCAGACCCUGGUCCCAUGGAGUCCCAGGGAGUAACUGGCGCCCCUGCCCCUCAUGUCCGACAGGUUUUGAGCUCCAGCCGGAGGCAACGGGCAAGAAACAUAGAGUUCUGGAGAGGCCAGGCUUUGCCCAGGAAUUCCACCUUGGUCUGUGCUGAGGAGCAAGGUCACAGAGUACAAGUAGACAGAAGCAGACAGUCCCCAGGAGGUGACCACAGGCAUCCAGGGAGGGUGAGGAGGGACAUUGCUUUAUCAGGAUAUCCAAGACUCACCCAGCAUCUUGUGCUCCUGAGGGAGGAUGAGGCCAAAGAUCUAGGAGCCAAAGACCUGGACCACCCCAGGCAUGGCAGCCCCAUCCAGAAGACACAGCGUGAGAGGGGCACCGUGGUGAGCCCUCUCAUGGGAAGAGAUGUGGCAGCUUUAUGGGCUUGGAGAACUACUGCUGGGCUGUCCCGCUCACCCGAUUCAGCAGAAGGAAGGGACCUUCUGGGAACUGAGAACAGAGCCUCGACUUCUGGGCAACAAGUGGAGGAUCCCACCCUGGUUCCAGGGGCUCGUUGGUGGCCUGGCUCUGUUGGGGAGCUGCAAGGGUCCACAUGGUGUGACACUGAGACCCCGGGGCUGUUGACCAGCUUGAGGACCGGCGGGCAGGUUCCCCCAUGGCUCACAGAACAUGACGUGCAGGCCCUUGGGCUGUUGUCUCAGGGGGAGGUGGUGGGCAAAUCCAGGGUUCCUGCCCACGGUCAGGUGCUGCAGGUCGGCUUCUCCACCAAAGGUGCCCUUCAGGAUUUGUCUCUUCCCCAGCUCAGCCAACUCUGUGCCCAGGGACUCUGUGGCCUGAUCAAGAGGCCUGGGGACCUGCUUGAGGUCCUGUCCUUCCACGUGGACCGCGUGCUGGGGUUGCACCGGAGUCUGCCUGCCGUGGCCCGGCGCUUCCAUAGCCCCCUGCUGCCCUACCGCUACACGGACGGUCGCGCAAGGCCUGUUAUCUGGUGGGCACCUGAUGUGCAGCACCUGGGUGACCCAGAUGAGGACCAGAAUUCUCUGGCCAUAGGCUGGCUGCAGUACCAGGCCCUGCUGGCACAUGGCUGUAGCUGGCCGGGUCAGGCCCUGUGCCUGGGCAUCCACCAUGCUGAGUGGGCACGCCUAGCUCUCUUCGACUUCCUGUUGCAGGUUCAUGACCGCCUGGAUCGCUACUGCUGUGGCUUCGAGCCUGAGCCCUCAGACCCCUGUGUGGAAGAGAGACUUCGAGAGAAAUGCCGGAACCCAGCUGAGCUGCGGCUGGUCCACAUCCUGGUCCGGAACAGUGAUCCAUCUCAUCUGGUCUACAUUGAUAAUGCCGGCAACCUUCAGCACCCGGAGGACAAGCUGAACUUUCGGCUUCUGGAGGGCAUAGAUGGGUUUCCCGAGUCUGCCGUGAAGGUUCUUGCAUCAGGGUGUCUACAGAAUAUGCUGCUCAAGUCGCUGCAGAUGGACCCGGUGUUCUGGGAAAGCCAAGGUGGGGACCAGGGACUGAAGCAGGUCCUCCAGAUCCUGGAGCGAAGAGGACAGGUGCUGCUGGGACACAUCCAGAAGCACAACCUCACACUCUUCAGGGAUGAGGACCCAUGAGCCCCACCACUGC